AUGAGGACGACAUUUUUGUUAGGAUUCGUAUUCCUUUACUCAACUGGUGUCUUUUCAGAAGAUGAAAAGAAGGAAGUAAAGUAUGGAACAAUCAUAGGCAUCGAUCUUGGCACGACUUACUCGUGUGUAGGUGUUUACAAAAAUGGACGAGUUGAAAUCAUCGCAAACGAUCAAGGUAACCGUAUCACCCCAUCCUAUGUAGCAUUCUCCGGCGAAUCUGGUGAACGUUUGAUCGGUGACGCUGCAAAAAAUCAGCUUACUAUCAAUCCGGAAAAUACAGUUUUUGAUGCCAAACGGUUAAUUGGUCGAGAGUUCCAAGACAAGACCGUGCAGGACGAUAUAAAGCUGUGGCCAUUCAAGGUAGACAACAAGAACAACAAGCCCAUGGUUUCAUUGAAAGUCGGUCAGGAAAUGAAGCAAUUUGCACCGGAAGAGAUUUCUGCCAUGGUGCUCACGAAGAUGAAGGAAAUCGCUGAGUCAUAUCUCGGUAAAGAGGUUAAGCAUGCCGUCGUAACCGUACCGGCAUAUUUCAACGAUGCUCAGCGACAAGCAACAAAGGAUGCCGGAACGAUUGCUGGGUUGAAUGUUGUUCGAAUUAUCAACGAGCCCACUGCCGCCGCGAUCGCCUACGGUCUCGACAAGAAAGAAGGAGAGCGCAAUAUCCUGGUAUUUGAUUUGGGAGGUGGAACCUUUGAUGUCUCCAUGCUGACCAUCGACAAUGGUGUGUUCGAAGUGUUGGCGACGAACGGUGAUACUCAUCUUGGAGGGGAGGAUUUCGAUCAACGUGUUAUGGAGUACUUCAUCAAGAUGUACAAGAAAAAAACCGGCAAAGAUCUCCGCAAGGACAAUCGCUCCGUUCAAAAGUUGCGUCGUGAAGUUGAAAAGGCCAAGAGAGCUUUGUCGACGCAGCAUCAAGUGAAGGUUGAGGUGGAGUCGAUCCUUGAUGGUGAAGACUUCUCCGAGUCACUUACUCGUGCCAAAUUCGAAGAGCUGAACAUGGAUCUGUUCCGGGCCACGUUGAAGCCUGUACAGAAAGUCCUCGAAGACUCCGAUCUGAAAAAAGAAGACGUUCACGAGAUCGUACUCGUGGGUGGUUCCACUAGAAUCCCGAAAGUCCAGCAACUUAUCAAGGACUUCUUCAACGGCAAGGAGCCCUCUCGCGGUAUCAAUCCUGACGAAGCCGUAGCUUACGGAGCUGCUGUGCAAGCUGGAGUGAUUAGCGGCGAAGAGAAUACUGGCGAUAUUGUACUUUUGGAUGUGAAUCCACUCACUCUCGGUAUCGAAACCGUCGGAGGUGUGAUGACGAAAUUGAUCACUCGUAAUACCGUCAUCCCAACCAAGAAAUCUCAAGUGUUCUCCACAGCCGCCGAUAAUCAACCAACUGUAACUAUCCAGGUGUUCGAAGGUGAACGACCAAUGACAAAGGAUAACCAUCAACUUGGCAAAUUUGAUCUCACUAACAUUCCUCCAGCUCCUCGUGGUGUUCCUCAGAUUGAGGUCACGUUUGAAAUCGAUGUUAAUGGUAUUCUCCAUGUAACCGCAGAAGAUAAGGGAACUGGUAACAAGAACAAGAUCACGAUCACCAACGAUCAGAAUCGUCUGAGCCCUGAAGAUAUUGAGCGAAUGAUCAAUGAUGCUGAGAGGUUCGCUGAAGAUGACAAGAAGGUCAAGGAGCAAGUGGAGGCCCGAAACGAGCUGGAGUCUUACGCCUAUUCAUUGAAGAAUCAGAUUGGUGACAAAGAAAAACUUGGAGGAAAAUUAGACGAUGAUGAUAAGAAGGCAAUCGAAACAGCUGUAGACGAAACUAUUAGUUGGUUAGAAAGCAACCGUGAAGCAUCAGUAGAUGAUCUCAAAGAGCACAAGAAGGAUUUGGAAGGAAAAGUGCAACCCAUCAUCAGUAAACUCUACAAGGACGCUGGCGGAGCAGGUGGUGACGGCGAAGCUCCUCCUACUGAGGAGAAGGAUGAGCUCUAG